AUGACUUAUCAAUUGCAAAACCUGGCAUUGAAAGAUGAAUCGGUUAGUGUGGACAUUCAGUUCGCAAAAGUGUUGGAAAAUCAACUAUCCAAGAUAAGGUCUUAUAAGAGCACCACUUUUGAUGAUACAAACAAUCGGCAACAAAUACACCCAGCCAUAGAGAUUGCUCAACAGUUUGGUGAGAUUGCAUCACAGAGAGCACUUGAAGUGAAAUCACGAGAAAUAAAUGAUGACAUAUUUUCCCAAGAGGAGUUUGAUAAUUGGGAACUCGAAAUGAAGCUAUGGAGAUUGGUGGAAGAAUUGUACUCCCUUCGUUUACAUCCCAAUGAGGUUGAACAGAAUCGAAAAGUUGAAGAGUUGGCAAGUAUAUUGAUUUGGUUACAAGAAAAUACUCCAGAUAUAUCAAUUUCCGAUGACGAUAAUAAUUUGAAUCUUCAUGACAAGUGGUCACACACCAGGAUCGCUCUUAGUACUGCACAGAGCAAAGAAACAGUUGAGAAAGACAUCGGUGUUGAGUUGGUGGGACAGCUAGAUGCUGAUGCACCAUUGAGAAGUGAUAAAAACAUUCAUCCGGCUGAUGAGGAGAUAGACUCAAUUAAUUUAGAACUUAUUUACAAAUUUGUACUUUUGGGACAAAUUUCAAGCGCUAUAGAUUAUGCUAAAGAUACAGGUAACCUUGCAAUCUCACUUAUUCUUGUUGGAGCGUUGGAUGAAAAUGACCAAGUGGAUCAUAUCACCAGGCUGGGAGACAAGGGCAAGGACAAGUCUGCAUGGACAAAACUUGUUUACGAAGUGUCACAAAAUCCACGGUUGAACCCUUCAGAAAAGUUGAUUUACACAUACUUGAGUGGUGGUGAUAUAAGCGAAAACUUGAAGAAGGCGUCAUCCUCCUACGAAGAGUACUUGAAUGUAUUGGUUAAGCUGCUUCUUGUAUACCAUUCUUUGGAAAACCAGAAGCAGGGUUCAUUUAAUUAUAUUCGCAUACCUUCACCACAGGCAAAGUCUAUUGGGGAGAUAUUGACUAUUGUAUCUACAGCUGAGGGAACAAAAGCAAAAGAGGAAAGCAAGCACCCAAUUAGAAUCAUAGCAGCUUCGGUGAUGAUCAACAAGGUAAAUUCAUUGAUUCAAAGUGUCGACGAAAAUACAGACGAAAACAUUCUCAGAAUUUUAACACAUCUAGCAAUUUGCCUUGCAUUGAUUGAACCACCACUGAAUGCACAUGUUUUGAGCACAAUAAUCAACUUUUAUUUUUCAAAAUUGUCUGCUUCAAACCAAGCUGAAUUAAUACCACUAUAUUUGUCAUUUAUACCAGACGAGGAAGAAGCUCGAACACUUUACUCUUCGAUACUUUUAUCUAUGUCCGACAAACAAGAACGUGCUAAACAACUACAAGCCGCAAGGAGAAUUGCUGCAUCAGUGAUUACAGAUGAUACUAUAAUCGCUGCAGAUGAUGCACCAAAGGAAAAACUCGAGAAUGUAUUGAAGAUGGCCGUUGAAAGUGUGAUAAAGGAAACAGAAUCUCACUACAAACAAAGCGAUGGAAUAGUAGCAAUUUUUGAUGAAGACCUGGAGGAUGCUGUUAGUGAAAAUGAUACUAAGCUAUGUAAUGCGGUGGAAUGGCUUUAUGAUAAUCGCAUGUUUGAGGACGCUAUUGAGGCGACAAUUACAGUUAUUCGCCGGUUCCUUUUGAAUGGUAAAUUGACCAGUUUGAGAAGAUUUGCUGAAGGUAAAAAUUUCAAGAAUCUUGUUUCGGAUUAUAAUCUUCAAAACGCUGGUAUUGAAGGUGACGACGUUAGCGAAGAUAAAAAACUUGAAUUGAUAAAUUACGAAAACUUUGUCGAGGGGUUGAGGUUGUUGAAUCAAUGGAGAAAAUUCACCGCUGGCAAGAGCACAUAUGAUGGAUCAACUGUGGAAGCAUCACUUGAUAAAACAACUAAACUUAUGAAUAACCUUGUCACAAAUUGGCUUAAGGAUUUACUGAACUCCUUACUAAAGGAGAUUAGAACACUAUAUGUGCCAUACUUGAUUAUCGAGUUGAUUACAAUCUAUGAAAAUGCUAGAGAGAAGGAUUGGAAGUAUCUCAAAAUGGCUUUCCAAUUGGUGAACCAAGUUGCUGAUGACGACGCUAAUGAUUUUCUUGAGUGCUUUAAAGCUAGUCAACGGUUACAAGAAUUCAUGGUUAGAGUUGGACAAUUGUCAACAAUUGCUGCUGAACGAGGAUUGGAGGGUAUAUAUUGUUUAUAA